AUGCAUAGACGUGAGACGGCGGUCGUCGUCCACAGCGGCGGCUGCCACUGCCGGCGGGUGCGGUGGCAGGUCGAGGCCACAGCGAGCGUGGUGGCGUGGAUCUGCAACUGCUCCGACUGCUCCAUGCGCGGGAACACCCACUUCAUCGUCCCCACCGCCAAGUUCAGGCUGCAGGCCGGCGCCGAGGAGUUCAUCACCACCUACACCUUCGGCACGCACACGGCCAAGCACACCUUCUGCAAGGUCUGCGGCAUCACCUCCUUCUACUCCCCGAGGUCCAACCCGGACGGCGUCGCCGUCACCGUCGCCUGCGUCGACCCCGGCACCCUGAAGCAUGUCGAGUACAGGAAGUUCGAUGGGAGGAACUGGGAGGAUUUUUUCAAGCACAGCGAUAUUUCCCAGUUCUCCAAGGGGAAGGCGGAGGCGGCGGAGUAGUGGGCACGCCACUUUGUUUUCUUCCCGUCAAGGUCAGUUUGGUUAUUGCUUUGGGUGAAUGAUUAUCAUACCAUGAUUAAAUUCCUCUUCGUCUUGGUGAAUUGCAAACUUGUGUAGUGGAAAAUGUAGUGAGAAUAAAUACGCAGUUGCUAGUUGUAGCUGAAUGUGGUAUUUGAUUUGCUCUUAGGAUUUCCAAAAUGUAUGGUUUUAAGUGAUCUGUAGUGCCCGUGCCCAAUUCA